CCGUUCGCGCUUUCCUGUCCACACGCUGGCUAACGGUGGCGUCAUUGUUUCUACGCACGCCGAACCGUGCACCACGCGAGUGGCAGGUCACCAUCGUUUGUACCGAGAUACGGGCGUUAAAGUGUAUCGAAGCGAAGUUGUGCAUUUUGUGGAGGAACUGAGCGUACGCCUAGAGCUAUUUCUCACCCAACUGGAAGGAUACUGUGUGCGAUUUUUAUCCCUUGGGUGGAAUAAAUACAUCCCCAUUGGAGUGUGUGAAGAGUGUGUUUGCAAGGUGUUUUGUGUGACGCGUAUGCGAACGCUGAGUGGCAAAACACUGUUACAAAAUUAGAAUCGUUUUCUGCACAACGUUCAGAACUUCAAAACGAUAAAACUUUCUUUAAAAACUUUUCUACACAUCACAAGACAACAACAUCGGCCGGUGUCGUCGGAAUAUUGCUUUUAGCACGCUUGCUUGUGACCAGCUAAAAUCCCUCUAUCGCAGCAAAAAGCUACCAAUGUCACACUUGACAGAGGCAUUAAAAGACAAAAUAAAAGUUUAAGUUAAAUAGCUGAAUUCCGGGACUGCCACCGAAGGCACCGGCGCAAUCGUAGUCGUCGUGGCAUUGACCGACGUUGCCGAACUUCUGCUGACCGUCUGCUUCCAUAUUACGUUUUGAGCGGCAACUGUUGGUUCCGGUAAAGAGCGAACGAUUUCGAUCGUUGCUGUGAUCAAUCAAACGUUAGCGUUCUGUUAAAAAUCGUAGCUGAGGUUUUUGCGUCGCUUUUGUCUGAUCGGAUCAGUUUGGAACCGUUAUUGGCUAAAUUGAUUUCUUAUCAUAAGCCCUGCGACGAAACAUCCUUAACACCACCAUGACCUCGACCAACAUAAGCGAAAGCAUUCCGUUCUACGACGUGUUCGGUUACUACGAAUGGACGUUAACGCUAGCAGAUCCCCGCACGAAAGGAUGGCCGAUGGUAGACUCCCCGAUUCCCACGCUGACCGGUGUCUGCAUAUACCUGUUCAUCGUAUGGAUUGGUCCAAAAUUAAUGCACGACCGAAAACCGUUCGAUCUCACCACCUUCCUGGUGCCGUACAAUUUGGCCAUGGCCCUGCUGAAUCUCUACAUCUGCUUGCAGCUUUUUAUCGGCUCCACCAUGCGUCGGUACAGCUACAUCUGUGAACCGUGCCGGCAGAGUUUCCAUCCAGCGGAGCUUCGUAUUGUGGAUGCCGUCUGGUGGUACUACUUCUCCAAGGUGCUCGAGUUCUCCGACACUUUCUUCUUCAUUCUGCGUAAGAAGGACAAUCAGCUGACUUUCCUGCACGUCUACCACCACAGCACGAUGUUCUCCUUCUGGUGGAUCGGUGUGAAAUGGGUUCCGAGCGGAAGCACGUUCCUUCCGGCAAUGGUCAACUCUUUCAUACACGUGCUAAUGUAUACGUACUACGGUCUGGCCGCGGUAGGACCGCACAUGAACAAAUACCUCUGGUGGAAGAAAUACCUGACAAUCCUUCAGCUGAUUCAGUUCACCGUGGCCAUGAUGCUUGGCAUCAAUGGAAUCAUUACGGGAUGCGAGUUUCCGCUCUGGAUGCAUUACACACUGAUCGGCUACAUGAUCUCGUUCAUCCUGCUGUUCGGUAACUUUUACGCACAAGCCUACAUGCAGGGCAAGCCGAUUCAGCAGUUCGAAAUUAACUGCAUCGAUAUGGGGGCGAUUAAGAAGUCGGAAUAAGCCAGACAGCCUACUCUGGGGCGUUCCCUGUCUCUGUAUCAUAUAGCUCAUACCCAUACUGUUCCAGUUUUUUAAACGGUUUUGCUGCUGCGUUUGUACAUUUUUUGCUCGUAAUGUAUCUUUCGUGAAAAGGGUGUAUUUUUAUCUCUCAUGCUUUCCGUUUCUGCUCAAAUUGAACUACGAUUGUUGUUAGGAAAUAAAGUAAAAAACGAUAUAGUAUUAAUGUAAU